UUUACCAGCCCAGGAAGUCGUGAUUUCUAUGUCCGACGUGCCGUGCUGGUCCCGCUUUUGUUCGGGUUUUGCAGCGUUUCUCGUUUCAUGAUCAGCUAGGUCCGGUGGAACGAGUUUAUAUAUGAUGACUGCUUGUGGCUGGGGAUACUGUCACUGUCUCAAGACGUGCAAGCAUGGUUCUCUUCCUUUACAUCCGUGCAGGGACGUCCGUGCUCAACUGUAAUAAGAGGAGGAUAGCUUCAGUUGGUGGAAUAUGAACUUGCGUAUUUAAUGGGAUUAGUCCCUCUGAACGUUUGGCAGGUUUCUGAGCAGACCCGGAACAGGAACCUUCUCUUCAAAUGACUAAAGCCUCGGGCAUAUUUAAUUCUGGAUUAUGCUCUGGCUUCGGAGUUUAACACUAGAGCCGGUUGUCCUUUUCAACGACAAAGAUGACGAGACAAUUCUUCUUUUUUUUAAGGAGAAGAAGAAGAACAAGAAGCAGAAUUAUAUAAUAAUGACAGCCUAGAUGGGACCCAGAUAGAGAUUUGCAGGUUUGUCAAUGAAGCAACCAGAUUUAGAACCAGUUUUCAAAGCUUUCUGCCCACCUGAUUCCAGCUCCACUUGUCAUUCUCCCUUCUCUCUCUCUUUUUUUUCCCCUUGUGGUCGAGGUGGAUCAAGAGAGGGAUCGGGAAAUUCCCGUCGCUGAUGGGUGCCUGUGUUUCGAUCGAUGAUGAUGCUAAUGGGAGGGUGGCAGAGACGCGCCUGAUUCGGUCUCCUUCUCAGCUGGAUGGGGCCUUUGUUCCCCAAAGCAAAUUCGGUUCUCAGUAUUCGAUCACAUCAUCAUGGACGACUACAGGUAGUAAUAAAGAGGAGACGUUUUACGAUGCACGAGCAUGGCCGGAUUCCAGCUCUGAGGAUGAUUUCUUCAGCGUCAACGGAGAUUUCGUUCCAUCUGGUGCAAGCAGUCCGAUUCAUCAGAGAAGCUUCGCUGGCUUCCCACCUGCAACCAGAACUGUGUCUUUGAGCAGAAGCAGCUUUUUCAAGCGUGAAUUGUCAUCGUUUACAGAGAAAAAAGAGCCCCUCGAUCACGGCAAUGUCCUUCCCGACCCCAAGUACAAGAAGGAGAUACAGCUGGUUCAGUUCUUCCAAGACAGAUUUUGGACCAAUCAGGCUGGACAACUUGAUCAUGACAGCCACCCUCACAAUCGAGGCAUAACCCGUGGCAAGUCGAUGUCAAUGCCAAAAGGUCGUUAAAUGCAAUCUCCUAGGGCUGACAAACAUACCAAAUUUUACAUGUCUUAGGUGACACGGCAUCUGCUCGAGAGCUAAAAGUCGAUGAUGCUUGGAGUUGGAGAGAGCUCAGAUGUCCCGCCGCAUGCCAUCAGAAGAUGUGUGAGUUUUGACAAUCUUGUAUGAGUUACCAGCUCCUACAUUUGAUGCAUCCUGCGCCAUUAUUGGAAGUUCAUAAUUUUUUGAAUUGAUGAGAGAUCAAAAACGAAUUUGUUUAGCAUGUCCUGGUUGAUCUCUAAUUUGUGGAUAGAGUAUUGUCCUCCCACAACAGCUUUUUGUGUGUAAAAUUGAAAUCUUUCACGUAAAUUCAGAAGCUUUUUGAGUUGACAGAA